AUGGCGACCGCAACCCAGACACGGACGCACGCCGGCCACUCGCACUCGCACCAUGACAAUGUCUACCUGACCUCGCAGGAUAAGAACGACGCCGGCGUGCGAAUCACACGCAUCGGGCUGUACUCCAACCUCGGCAUGGCCAUCGCAAAGUUCAUCGGCGGCUACCUCUUCAACUCGCAGGCCAUGAUCGCAGACGCCUGGCACAGCAUGACCGACCUCGCAUCCGACAUCCUGACCCUCGCGACCGUGUCCUUUAGCCUGCGACCACCGUCCGAUACAUAUCCGACCGGAUUCGGCAAGGUCGAGAGCCUGGGCUCCCUGGGCGUCUCGGGCAUGCUGCUGGCGGGCGGCGUGUUCAUGGGCAUGAGCAGCCUGGAGUCGCUGUACGGGCACUUCUUCCUGGACCCGGCCGCCGCGGAGGCGUUGCUGCACCACGGCCACGGGCACAGCCACGGCGUCGGCCCCAGCCUGCACGCCGCCUGGCUGGCACUGGGGACGGUGCUGAUCAAGGAGUGGCUAUACCAUGCGACUAUGAAGGUCGCAAAAGAAAGAAAAUCCGCCGUCCUGGCCUCCAACGCCAUCCACCACCGUGUCGACAGCUGGACGGGAAUCGUCACCCUGCUCGUGAUCCUUGGUGCGAAUUUCCUGCAAGACGCGACGUGGCUGGACCCCGUCGGAGGACUCCUGAUCUCGUUCCUGGUUAUAAAGGGCGGCUGGGGCAACACGCUCUCCUCGCUCUACGAGCUGGCGGACCGGACUAUUGACGAUGAGGUCAAGAGGUCAGUCAGGAAACAGGUGACGAAGAGCCUAGAGGGCGUCACGGAAGGCCACGAGGUGGAGCUCCGAGACGUGUCGGGCAUCAAGUCCGGCCAGAACUACCUGAUCGACCUGGAGCUGGCGGUCCCCAGCACCUGGACCAUCGAGGACGUCCGAGACAUUGAGAACGCGGUGCGGACAUUCGUCGGAGGCAAGGUCCGUGGGGUCAGGAAGGUCCGGGUGCGAUUUGUGCCCAAGACCGCCGAUGGCGAGAUCCCCAAGUUCGACGAGUUCAUCCCCGGGAGCGUCAGCCCACAAUCAAGCCCAGAGCCGGAGGAGCACAACCACAGCCACGAGAACGGCAAUGGCAACGGCAACGGACACCAUAAGCAAAAUUGA